AAACGAGAAGUAUAUGAUACAUUGAUACUAGAGAAGAUAACUAUAAAAAAAAACGCGUAUAUUUUAUGUGAAGUCAAAGUCACGGUCAACGCCUUACGAUACGCGUCUCGCUCUUGGAAGCAGCUUCUGCGAUAUUCAUAGUCUUAUGAUUAAUUUAUAUACUUUAUAUUUAAACACGGACUCUCUCUGGAUUCAGCUUCAUCGUUGUUCAAUCUCUCUCGUGUUUCUUCUAUCAAACCCUAAUCUCUCUUUUUUUCUUAAGCAAUCGAAUUUCUUCCAUCCAAUCCAUCUCCAUCAAUCUCGAUGAUGGCGGGUAUACAAGGCCAGAUUCUCGAGGUCACUGUUGUUGGGUGCCAGAAAUUGAAAGACACGGAAUGGAUUUCAAGGCAAGAUCCAUACGUCGUCCUCGAGUAUAGUGGCACAAGGCACCGUACCAGAACCUGCAAAGAUGGUGGAAAGAACGCUAUAUUCCAAGAGAAGUUUAUGUUCACUUUGCUCGAAGGCCUUAGGGAUCUUAAGGUAGCUGUCUGGAACAGCAACACACUCUCCAAUGAUGACUUUAUUGGGAAUGCUACGAUUCAAUUGCAGAAGGCUCUUUCCCAGGGAUACGACGACUGCACCUGGACUCUCCAGACUAAAACUGGGAGAUAUGCCGGAGAAGUAAGACUCAUACUGCACUAUGCAGGAGCAAAUAAACAGAACUACGGGUCUGCGCCAUCAGCACCACCGUAUGCGCCUCAAGUACCUCACUACUCAGCACCGCCUUCUCCAUCUCCAUAUUCAUCAGCACCAUACUCUGGACCAUCUCUAUACCCACAAGGUCAAUACUCUCAGCCGCAAUCAGCAUAUCCACCAGCUUCAGCUUAUCCUCCUCAGCCAUCUGGCUAUCCUCAGCCAUCCGGCUAUCCUCCUCCCUCAACCUCGGCUUACCCUCCGGUUCCUUCAGCUUACCCUCCUCCUCCGCCAUCCUCAACUUACCCUCCUCCUCCAUACCCUCCUCAGCCAUCGCCACAUUACCCACAAGGUCCAUAUCCAGGACAAUACCCGCCUCCUCCGUACUAAUGCUCCGGCGAUUCUUGUUUAGAAUCGACUGAAAGUGGUUGUUAUGAUGUAUAGAAUUUAGAGACGAAUUUUUCUUUAUCUUCUUUUUUAAAAAUUCUGUGAACUCAUUAAGAAGUUUGGAUCUUUUUAAUAUUAGCCAGAUUGCAGAUUCUCUCGCAAAACUAUUGAAUUUAUUUACUCUGAACCCUUCAUUUU